UUGUAAAAUAUGGAGUUUGACCUCCCUUCAACACUCAUCCCUCUAAUUCCCUUUCUCCUCUUCCUCUUCAUAUUCCUCAAAUCUCAAUCAAUCUCAAAAUCAGCAAAGAGAUACUCACACAUCCCCGGCCCCAAACCCCUCCCUCUCAUCGGAAACCUCCACCUCAUGCUCCGCGACUCCUCCUCCGGCCCCCACAGCCUCUUCCGCUCCCUCGCCGCCAAACACGGCCCUUUAAUGCACCUCCAGCUCGGCGAGCUCCACGUCCUCAUCGUCUCCUCCGUCGAAUUCGCAAAGGAAGUGAUGAGAACUCACGACACUAAUUUCGCGAACCGCCCCGUGAUGCUUGCGACGGAGGAGAUCACCUACAACUCCACCGACAUCGUCUUCUCCCCCUACGGCGACUACUGGCGCCACCUGCGGAAGAUCUGCACUGUCGAGCUCCUCACCGCCCGGCGCGUGCGGUCCUUCCGCAGCAUACGAGAAGAGGAGGUCACCAACAUGUGCAAUUGGAUCGCGUCUCGCGAGGGAUCAACCAUUGAUCUCUCGGAGAGGCUUUAUAUGACGUCGUACGACGUCAUCAUGAGGGUGGCCGCCGCCAAGGCCAGUGCCGAAGAUCGUGAAAUGAUGAUUUCUCUAUCCAUGGAAGCCUCAAAGUUGUCUUCGGGAUUCAUGCUGGCUGAUCUCUAUCCUUCCAUCAAAUUACUCCCGCUGAUCACCGGAGACCGGUUCAAGAUCCGAAGGGUACAUCGAAAAUUAGAUGAGAUGCUCGAUGGCAUCAUCGAGCAGCAGAGACCGGCCUCACAUCGCGGCAAUGAGUCUAAGGUUGAAGGUUUUAUAGAUAUUCUCCUCAAAUUUGAAAGAGAUGGGACUUUAACUGCAGACAAUGUCAAAGCAGUGCUACUGGAUAUGUUUCUGGCAGGAACCGACACGUCAGCUACUACCGUAGAAUGGGCAAUGUCAGAGCUGAUUAGAAACCAUAGCAAACUCAUCAUAGCUCAACAAGAAGUCAGAAAGGUUUUUGACAACGAGGGAUCAUAUAUAGACGAAGACAAGUUCCAUGAGCUAAAAUACCUUAAAUUAGUCAUUAAAGAGACUUUGAGAUUGCACCCACCGGCCCCACUUUUAAUCCCUAGAGUCAACUCCCAAAGAUGUGAAAUCAAUGGUUACGAAAUCCCAGCAGGAAGCAGAGUUAUAGUGAAUGGAUGGGCACUCGGAAGAGACCCCGAGUACUGGAACGAUGCUGAGAAGUUUAUGCCCGAGAGAUUUGAGGAAAGUUCUCAUGAUUUCAAUGGGAGCAAUCUUGAGUAUAUACCAUUUGGGGCGGGAAGGAGAAUCUGUCCCGGCUUGUUGUUCGGGCUCGCCAACGUGGAGCUUCCACUGGCUAUGCUUCUCUAUCAUUUUGAUUGGGAAAUGCCGAACGGGAUGAAAUAUGAAGAAUUGGAUAUGACAGAGGGCUUUGGCGUCACUGUUCGUAAGAAACACCAUUUGUGUUUAAUCCCUAUUGUUAAGCGACCUUUGCAGAGGUGAUUAAUUAAUUUAGGGAGGAUUUAUUUGAGUGAUAGAAUUUGUUAGUUUAGAAUGGUUCUUCAUACACUUUUUUAUCACUUAAAGCAAAUGUCAUUUCAUAUACCACAAGUUUGAAAUAAAAUGGCGUCAUUUUGUUGUGA